ACCGGUCACUUUCCUCCUCCUUCAUUUCCGUACCCAAAAAUUAAAAACAAACUUCCUCAUUAAGUAAAUCCAAAAUCAUAAUUACAAACACGAAAUUUCACCCCCAUCCCUAAAAAACAAUUCGUCCUCAUAUUUUUUCCUUAAGUAGUCCCAAAAUAAUUACAAAGAGGAAAUUUCACAAAACAAUUCUUCUUCAUUGAUCCCCUUCGUAAUUGUCUUAAUUAAUUAUACAAUUAAUCUGAUGGACGAUUCGUAUACCAAUUUCCCUACGAGUCACCUUGUUGGCUCUGUACCGGCAGUUGUCACCGAAGAAAAGAACAGCUAUAAACCAGAAGCUCCUGCAGCAAAUUCUCCAAUACUUCCUCAAAAUAAUGGUCCAAAUGCAGGAAUAGGGUAUCAAACUCUUGCAGGUGAAGGAGAUGGGCAACAAUCAACAAACACGUGGAAAGGAGUAUUUAGCGUGUCAUCUUAUACAGAAUAUUUUAACGUGGAUACAGACCUUGUGUUGAACAGAUUGAUGAGUUCGUUGAAUCCUACUACUGGAGAUUUCUUCAGCAAGAUUGAUGCUAACCCUGACCUUUAUGGGCUUGUCUGGAUAUCUACUACUUUAGUAUUUGUCAUUGCUUCCAUUGGGAACUGUGCCACAUACUUGAUGCACAAAAGGAGCGAUAGCAAUAGUUCUUGGAACUUUGAUGUCAAUUAUGUGAACGUGGCAGCCUGCUCAGUAUAUGGUUAUGCAUUGCUUGUGCCGUUGGGGUUUUACUUCUUGCUUCGGUAUAUGGGUGCAAGUGCUAGCCUGAUACGCCUCUGGUGCUUGUGGGGAUAUUCCUUCUUUGUUUUAGUUCUGAGCUCCUUUCUGUUGAUCAUCCCCGUCGAGUUUCUUAGGUGGACCAUCACAAUUGCCGCUGCCAUUACAUCAGCUAGUUUCGUUGCUUUAAACCUCAGAACAUAUGUACAGUCAGAUGAUCUCAUCAUUUUACUGGUUGCUGCUUUUGCCCUGCAAUCGGCUUUGACAAUCUUCAUCAAGAUGUGGUUCUUCUCUUAAGUUUUGGGUUGCUCUACCAACUGUAUGCUCAACUUGCAGUUUCAAAAGUGUACUUCGAGUUUUGUUUUCUUCGACGAAAUUCUUCUCUUUCUGGUGUUUGUUGUACCAAUUAAUCAGUGGUUUGCUUAGUUGUGUGAAGCAAAGAGGAGUGGACAGCACAAACAGUGGAAACUUGUAGAGAAUUGUCUAACGGUUUCAACAAAUACUACCUUUGUUGUUCAUGUUGUAUUUGGAGAGCAUGUAUUUUUGGUCUAUGGGUAUAUGAUAAUGUUUUUCACGAAUGACGCAAUUGUAUGAGCAAAAGCAUAUCCUAGUAGCCUAGUAAAAUUUUCCUUUUUCCCAGAUGCUUCGAGGUGGAGGUUGGGUUUCUUUUCUCUUUCUGUAGUUCAAUUAUUUUUAGCGUAUGUACUGUAACCAAAUAUGACAUUGAAACUUACAGUGUGAUCGUACAUACUACAAAUAUGUCUAUGAAUUUACUAUACAAUAAUUACAUAGCCUAAUAAUUACUCUUUUUCUA